UUCGAUUCUUGUGCCCUGGACCUGACUUCGCUGAACCGCCCUAAGCCCUGGCUGGGUGCGUGCCCGGCCCGCGCGCUCGCGGGCCGUGUUUUUGGCCAGCGCCAUGGCGCCCCACUGGGAUCUCUGGGGCCAGCCAAGGUGCCGGGGAGCCGAGCUCGAGGCCUCCAACUUGCUGCUGCCGAGCCUCCCGCUCCACAGGCCUCGGGCCGCUUCGUUCUUGGAGCUGCCGCAAAGAGGCGCCUCUUUAGCUCGGUCACCAGCGGCCUUUCAGGCCAACGACGCGGAGGCGGCCGAGCUUCAGAUGGGGGAGGCGGCGGUGAAGGCGGAGCUCCAAGUGGAGGCCAAGGCGAAGGCGGCCCCAGAGGAGGAGGUGCCCGCGCCCAGUGACAAGGUCCCGGAGGCCAAGAAGGAGGCGGAGCGGCACUUCGUGGCCUGCAAGAAGAAGCUGCCGCCCGGGGAGCCCAGGGCCUGCGAGAUGGCGGGCUACGAGGCCUGCGAGGACAAGUGCACCGAGCACUUCUCUCGAGACCAGAACUGUUUCGAUACUUGCAUCAGCCACUGCGUCAUCGGCAGGAACAAGCUCAAGGAGCUGCGGGUGGAGCCCAACUGCUACGCGGAGAAGGUGGAGCCAGGAGAUCUUGCUUUUCCUGGCCCCAAGGAGCCCGAGGUCUUUGAUGAGAUCUACAGGGAGCAAGACUAUCAAUGGUAAGCGCCGGCCACCUCUCGCGACCUCCAGGUUGGUGUUUUUCUUAAAGGAGGGAACCGCAACCAA